AUGGCUCAUAGGGAUAGGAUAAGUAACUUGCCUGAGGAAUUGCUCCUGAAAAUAUUGUCGUCACUGCCCGCGAAAGAUGUAGCAGUCACAAUGGUUUUGUCAAAACGAUGGAAGUUUCUAUGGACGUUGGUGCCAAGACUUGAAUACGACCACUCCAUGUAUCAAGACGACGUUGAUGGCAGUAGUAGAUUCUCGCGGUUUGUUCACAGUUCUCUGCUGCUACACGAGGCUCCCUUUCUAGAGAGUUUGCGUCUCAAACUCGAUCAUUACUCUUGUGCUGCAGAUAUCGGAGUAUGGGUUAAAACCGCUGUGAAACGCUCUGUUCGUGAGUUGGAUAUCGAGAUUAAUAGUCCUUCCUUGUCCACUCCGGUCUUACUUCCAUGGAGCUUGUAUAGCGAGGGAUGUAAAAGGCUUGUGACACUGAAACUAAGUCACACGACUCUUGUGGAUACUUCUUCUUCCUCGCCAGCUUCUUUCACAUCCCUGAAAAAGCUGAGCCUUGUUCACAUGAAGUACCCUAGUGAGGAUUUUGUUUUGAAUUUCUUAUCCAAUUGUCCUGUUCUUGAGGACUUGGUUGUGGAACGAUGUCAUGAUGACAAUGUGGUUGUUAUCCCUGUGAUCGUACCGUCUCUGAGGAGGUUAUCGUUGUCUAGAGCAACAGACAGAGAUGAUGAAGACAAAAGAUCUGCGUUUGUGGUAGACGCUCCUUUGUUAGAGAGCUUGGACAUUGCUGAUCAUAACGACAUGAAGCGUCUCUAUCUAUGUUCAUCAACCAUAAAGAAUGCUUACCCUGAGGGCAGUGUCUUCCACCGUCUUGUACAUCUAACGCUAUGCACAUGUGGGAGGAAGUGGUUGAAAUUUCUUUCGCGUCUGCUUAGAGAUUCUCCUAAAUUACAAGUUCUCAGAUUUGAACAGUGCCAUGAGCUUCCAGAUGACGAGCCGCGUCCGUGUUGGAAUGAACCGAGCUCAGUUCCUGAAUGUGUGGUGUCGAGUCUUGAAACUCUGGAAUGGGUAAAAUAUGAAGGAACAGAAGAAGAGAAAGGAGUAGUGGCAUUCUUCUGA